AUGUCUGAUAACACACGCAAGUCGUCUAUUCCUUCAUGGCAGAGAGCUAGUAGCACAGCAGAUGAAUCCCCGUCAUCAUCGCCGAGCUCCGACGAUGCGCCCGCACCCUCAACUACAUCUCGAGAUGACCUGCUAGCACAAGCAUCCAAAUUUCUGGACGAUGAGUCAAUCAAAGAUGCACCAACAGACCGCAAAGUUACCUUCCUUGAGUCCAAAGGACUGAGCUCCGAGGACAUCCAGCAGGUCCUCGGCGUCUCCCGAAACGCGGAGGCAAGUAGCUCUACCGCGACCGAUGAUAAGGCGCAGGAAGAGACACAACAUGCCCUACACUCUCGGCCAGAACACACAUCCUCUACUCCUGCCGCAUCUACACCAACCUCUACCGAUACCAAUGCCAUGCCGCCACAGCGCCCAGUUGCGGCGCCCACCACCGCCUCCCGCGAUGUGCCUCCCAUAAUCACCUAUCCGGAAUUCCUCUUCGAGUCGAACAAGCCACCACCUUUAGUCACAAUGCGCAACCUUGUUUACACGCUCUAUGGAGCAGCCGGUCUGGGAGCAAGCAUCUACGGCGCAAGCGAGUACCUAGUGAAACCAAUGCUCGCCAACCUAACAAGCGCACGGCACGAGCUAGCAACGACAGCAGAAGGUAAUCUGCAGAAGCUAAAUGAAAAGCUCGAGAAGACAGUCUCCGUGAUCCCGCCCCAGCUCACAGCACGUAAGCCCAAGCCCUACGGUGACGAAGAAGAAGAGGCAAACGACACCGACUCCAUCACUUCCGACCCAACUGAACUCUUCCACCGGGACGUCGCAACACAGACAAGCCCAGAGCCAACACCAGCACCUACCACUACGGACCCGAUCAACUCGGCAGACUCGGCUAUCGCAACGCCGACGGCUGCUGUUGACAAUCACGUCAGCCGAAUCGAGUCCAUUACCUCACAGCUGCGAGGAAUCAUUGAUUCGGAGAAGAAUGCGAGCACUCUCGAUGACAAUAUGCGUACUGGUCUUUCGGAUCUCCAUCACUACUGCGAUGGUUUGAUCUAUAGUGCUCCCGCGUACUCAACAGGUUCGACGUACGGUGUGUGGAAUGCUACCCAUGCAUCUGGGUCGGAUAACCAUGCCGGUCUGCGGAAAGCUGAGGAGGAUGCUAUUGCUGGCUUCAGGGCAGAUAUUCGGGGUGUUAAAGGUGCGCUGUUGAGUGCCCGCAAUUUCCCUGCUAGUCGGGGAGGGAGACUUGGGGGUAUUCAGGCUGGUGGAAGGUGA